CACUGAAAGUUUCAAGGAUAUGAAGACUAAACCCAAUUGUUCCCUCAGGCAGGACAUGGAACAUGAGAGCAAGAGGCAGACGACUACGCCAGCAGACAGCAGCCCAGCAAAAGCCUCAGCUGUGCCCAUGGAGCUGCCCAAAGUUUCUCUCUCAGUUCUAACCCCCAGCACAGUAGCAGCUAUUUUCUGAAGGAAAAGAAACAUGCUGUGUGCCAAGGGAUGGGGCUAAGAACAUCACAGGCAUUAUGUCACCUAGUUCACAUAACAACCCUAUGAGUUAGUAUUACUAUCCCAAUUUGUAGAUAAGGAAACAGGUUUACAGAGGUGAAGUGACUUGCCCAAGAUCACAUAGCUAAUAUGUGGAGUCAGGAUCUAAAUCCAAGUAGCCUGACACUACACCCAUCUUGGGGUUUUCCAGAACAUACAGGAAACCCAGAAGAUAUGUCAGAGGUUCAAUUCCAAGAACCUCAUUCCAAAACAUACAGGAGAAGAGAGGGCACUUGACUAAUGGCAUGAGGGCACAUAUAGAUGCCCCUUUUUAAAAGUAGCACCCCUAGAGAGAUCUGUAUCUGCCGUGUUUGGAGGAAUGCAGGACAAUCCAUCUCCAGGAUCCCUGUGGAGACUUGCCCAUCUGAGGGGCAGCCACUUCAGGAAGACACCACUCUAGGUUCUGAGAGCAACAUUCUCAGCUCCAGGUGCCUAUUCACUCUCCGGGAGCCUCUGGCCGUCGCACCCACCGGCAGCUCUUCGGUUUGGCUAGGGCACAGGAUUAGCCAUCCCCAGGAAAUGCCUCCCUCCGGUCCAGGCAGGGAUCCCAACACACACACCCCUCAAGUGUGUAUAUGUUGGGGGGGUGAGGGUGGAAUGCUUCCUUCUCUCCAGGUCAGGGAAGAGAUCUGGGGACCACCUGGGGGCCCUCAUCCCUCCCACCUCCUUGCUGGGCAAAUGCCCAGUCCAGUGCCCCUUCCACGGUCACCUCCCUCCCCCUAGCUAUGCUGGGGCAUGAAUCAGCUCUCACAGCUUGUUAAAGCUAGACCUCUUGUUUUCAUGCCCUCACCUCAGGAAACACAGUUACAGCUUUUCCAGCUCUACUCAGCAGGGGGCCAGGGUCCUCACUUUAUAAACAUCCCCAAGCCUGUGAAAGCAGAGGGCACUGAGAUGGUGUGAGACAGAAGCCCAGGGGAGAAACGCAGAAUCUGAGCGCCUCAAGGAAAGAAAUAAAGAAGAGCCAAAGAGACAAGACCAGAGUAGCCUACACAGAAGCCAACGAGGGCCACGAGGGCUGUGCUGCAGGGAUGGCCCUAGGAAUGCCCUGGGCUGGACAGGUUAAGGGGACCCUGGGAGGCUGGGGGACAGUCUGCUUGGUGAUAUCGCUGCUCCUCCAGUACCCAGGCGUUCACAGCAAGUGCUACUUCCAAGCUCAAGCCCCCUGCCACUAUGAGGGGAAGUAUUACACCCUGGGUGAGUCUUGGCUCCGCAAGGACUGUUUCCACUGCACCUGUCUGCAUCCUGUCGGUGUGGGCUGCUGUGACAUAUCCCAGCAUCCCAUCGACUAUCCAGCUGAGUGUGAGGUCCGUCAGGAGGCAGGGACCUGCCGGUUCUCCCUGGUGCAAAAAUCCGAUCCUCGGCUUCCCUGCAAAGGGGGUGGGCCUGAUCCAGAGUGGGGUUCAGCAAACACCCCUGUUCCUGGGGCUCCUGCUCCCCACUCCAGCUAAAGCCUUCUGUUGACUGCCCACUGCUGCUGCCACUUCCAGGGAAACCACUAAGCAGCUGCCAAUUUAUUCUGAAUAAAUAAAUUAAUGCUCCAGCGGA